UAGGUUACGUGCAGAAUGGCUGCUGUCAGUUGUUUUUGGUGACGAGCAGGGUUAUGAUGCCACCGUGCAUUCUGCUACAGAGUAAAUUAAGAUGCUUAGACUUUUUAACUAGAGUUAGGGAGACGAUUUUUCACAUCUCCGAUCGUUCCUACAAUCCGCGUUGUUGAUAAUAAACGUAUGACGUGGAGUGAUGUCUAUGGUUAUGCCAGCGACAGUGGAGGAACGAGAUGCAGAACGAAAUAGACGUGGCUCGAAAGAAACGCUUAUUUGGAAUAUGCAUUUAUAUUGUCGGGAAAUAUGUUUUAUUUUGUUGUUAAUAAUUACUGCAUAUGCGUCAUUACACAAUGCGCCUCCAAAGGUUUCGAAAAGUCCAUCGCCUAUACCCUUCUUUCCUAGAACAUCUUUGGUUGCAGACUUUUACCGUGGACAACUCAGCCAAGCAUUUGAACGAGUGUCUGAGUGUGAUGUUUCAUUUGUUAUGUACUACGCUCCAUGGGAUGCAGAAAGUCAAGCUACAAGAAUGCAGUUUAAGAUUGUAGCACAGUAUUACUACAAACAGGUGUACUUUGCAGCCAUCAAUUGCUGGCAACCUCACAGUGAGUGUCGUCAGAAGUUUUCCAGAAUACAGCAGUUUCCGGUGUUAAUUGUGUACAUACAACAUAAUAAGGGAGUCCAGUACAAAGGAAUCAGAGAAGCUGCUCAUAUGAUUCGUUUCCUGCAGUAUGUGCUGCGUCCUCUUGAACGCAUCACAAGUCUUUCUGAUGUCAUGACACUCAUGAGUGUAUAUGAUGCUGUAGUUGUUGGAUGUUUUAAUUUUGCUGGGAGCAUUGGCAGUCCUGGUUAUUAUUCCUUCUAUGCAGCAGCCCUGAAGUUCCUCGAGAGAGAUCCUCACCGAGAAGUUGGCUUUGCUGUUGUUACCAGUAUGAAGACGUGUGCUGAGUUGUGGAUUGAUUGGUCGCCAACAUUGAGAAUUUACAUGUGGAAUGAGACGCUGCAAUACCCCCAUCAAGCAGAGUUCACUUCUGAUGUGUUGGUACAGUGGAUCUCUGCAAAUACUCAUCAGGUUUCAGCAUGGGUGACUCCACCAGGUGUGAAGAGUCUUACUCUUGCACCGUAUGUAGACAGAGGAUCGGUGCUUAUCCUUUUCACCCCAAGAAACCCCUUGCAAGACAAGAACUACAACUACAACAUGCUGAGAGAAGUUGGACUAGAAUAUUACAACUGUAAUAUAAACCCAUGGGUCUCUAAUCUUGCCAGUCACCUUGCUAAUGAACGAGCAGAAAUGAAGAAGAAAUACUCUGAAAUUGAAGCUGAAUGUGUAUUCUGGAAAGAACACAACAGAUCAGAGCAAGAUAUUCAUCCCAUUCACUUGGAUGGAGAACUGUGGAUGAAUGAAAGUUGUCACAGUAGACAUGUUCGGAGGAAGCUGUGUAGCGCGUGUGAAAGGCACAGCGCACAGCUAUGUGGAGAACCAGAAGGUGAUGCCCGCAUGGAUGAAAAUGAUUCGAACAAGUGUAAGAAAGAAGAGAUUGUCUCUUCCAGUAACCACAUGGAUUUUGGACCAUUCACCAAAUUACAGCACGAAUAUUAUGUCUGUUCUAAACACUCGCACUCUGUCAGUAGAUUGCAGACAUCAAUGUUGACUGGAAUGGGGGAUGAGCGUUCAUCAGCUGCCCUGCAGGAGGCAGCUUUACUGGAUAGGUGCCGUCGGUUUCGUAGAGCACGGCAUAUUCAUCAUCCAGUAUUUCCACAUCCUGCAUACCAUCGCAAGUCCCCAAGAAACUUCACUGGUCUGGCCUGUCACACCAACAAAACAUUGUCUCUCAUUGCUAUGGAUUCACUACAGUUCCACCAUUUUGCUGAGGGUCUCGGUGUCGAUGUGAUGGCAAGGCAUGAUAAGACUGCUGUUGUUAUCUUCAAUGUUGUUCAAGAAAGCAGUUACACCCUCAAUGCAGAGUUCAACAAGGGAGCUGUGUUGGAGUUCAUAAAAAACUACACUGAUGGCGUUUUGAACAGGUUGCUGCGGUCAAGUAGCAUUCUGCCACGUGGUGCACUCAACCACUACCCUAAGCAGGACGUGGAAGACUGCCAGCGACAGGGUGUGCUCUGUGUCACGGAGCUCAACUCCAACAGCUUCCAUCGCACUGUCAUGGCUCAGAACGUGGCAGUGGUACUUUUGUACCAUUCCCCAUAUUGCACUUUCUGCCACAUCAUUUCCCACAUCUACCUCACAGUAGCAAGAUACUUCCGUGCCGUCCAGCACAUCAUAUUCACGCGCAUUGAUGGUGAAAACAAUGAUUUGCCAUGGGAGUUCACUAUGCACCAUUAUCCCACUAUUCUUUUCUUCCCAGCUCACAGGAAAUCAGAGAGCCAUGUUUUUCCACGGCACUAUCCAUUAACAGUUUCAAAUUUGGUAAAAUUUGUAUUGGCAAAUCUGGAUCCAGAAGAAAGGUGUUUUUGGGGAAUGGUGGGCUUAUGUGCUGGUUGGGGCAAACAGCAGAAUGUUGAUGCAGCAAGAGACUGCAUCGCUCGUGUGCGACGCGAGUGUCUGACUGCUAUUGCUAGCACACUGAAGCAGUACAGGUCAACAAAAAUGAGGUGGCAUGUCUUGAAGGUGUCAUCUUCAUUGAACUCUUCUCAACUACAUUUUUAUCGUACUGCCACUCAUAAACAGCUGAAAUGCAUUGUAUGUAGACUUCAGCAUCUGAAGGAAGUUCACCUUAUCCUAGGCUCAAUAGAUAGGCUUCAAGAAGACAGCAUUGAAUACAUUGCUAUACAAGAAAUUUACAAAAAAUAUCAGAACAGUGUUAAAAAAUUAGACUUUUAUACAGAGGUGGCGGUUACUCGUGUGAGAGAUUCUGUACCACAUGUUACAUCUACUAAAGAUGAAUUGUGAUGAAUAUUUUUUUUAAUAUUCAUAAUUUUCUUACAGACCGUGAAGCAACACUGUAACCCUUGACAGUUUGAUAUGUAUUUUAGAUCUACUGUCGGUAAUAUAGUUUGUUCUGUGGUUCAAUUAGAGAAUCCAAAGUGCUUCGAGAAAUUUUACACCUUUUUCACCUGUUGUUUAUCAGAUUAUGAAAGGAGUAUGACAAUCAGUAGUAUCAGAGAUUGUCUUUUGUAAUACUUUGUUAACUGAUGAAUUAAUAGGUUAGGUUUUCGAGUUAACACAUCGUUCAGUUUAACACGUACAGGAUAGCCCUCUGAAUUAUCUGCAUGAAGAAUUUUCCUAAAUUCUUGCUGAACUGGGCUUAGUGAAACUUGAGUAUGUAAACUGUCUGUAAAAAUGUUAUGAAAAAAACAAGUCAGUUUGUCAAUAGGGAUGUGGAGUAUAUUCAGUCCUGAUUUAAUGAUAAAUCCAUAAAUAAUAUUGUAGUACCAAAGUGAAGGAAUGUAACAAAUAACUGUUUUACAAUUGUUGAGAAAGGGCAAAACGUUUAAGAAUGAAAAUAACAGAAGUUAUCAUUGAUAUUUGUCCAUUUAAUUAUCUGUCUUAUGAAGUGACCCUGUAAAUUAAAGAAAGGUUAUAAGUUAAUUUGUAGCAAAGUGGACAUAAGAUUCACCUGCUAUUGAACUUAUGAUGUAAAUAAAAGUUGGAAUGGUUUCUCAGAUCCUGAUCUAAACAUUAUAAACCCUCCAAUAAAAGAAAAGAAAAGACUGCAGACCCAGAAUUUUAUACUUUGUUAUUUGGAGGUUAUGCUGUAUAUAAAGUACCAUCUUGUAUCUCCUCAGGACCCAAAAUUUCUUAUGCUGAGGUAUUUUUAAUUUUUUGUUUAUAACUCUUCUACCUAUCAUAUUAAAUAUAUUAUUACACAUUUUAUUCAUUUUUCAAGUCUAUAAAAUCAUAUAUAUCUUUGCUUUCAGUUUACAUCAAUAUCUCAUUGAAAAAGUUCAUGGUUUGCUUGUGGAUAUAUUUCAUAUGUCUGUACGGACUGUUAACUCUGAGAAACCAAUAGAACACCUUCAAAGGUUAUAUUUUAUUUUCUAAUCGCAUGCACAAUAAGAGCUGCAUGAAUCUCAUAAAACACCUUUUGAAAAUAUUGGCAAUACAUUUUUUAACCUUGUUGGGGCAUUUUUAUUAAUUUUUAUGUGUAUUCAUUUGAACCAGAACUUUUCAUAACGCUCUGAUUCACUGAACAACAAAGUAUCACAUAAGGACAGUCUGUGGCAGAAACUAUCAGAAAACAUUUGUUAUUGAAUCUAAAAAAAUUCUGUCAUCUGAACAGGAAUACUGAUUGCUCCAUGGGAUGAUUUAUUAUAUGACAGAUGCAUGAACAGUGCAUAAUUUCAGUGUGUGUUAUAUGUCAGAAUAGUGAAGAAAGCCUGUAUUUUUAUAAUCAAUCCAUUAUGCAUUCCAUCACCUGCUAAGUAGGUCCACUUCAGUUGUUUUUGGGAUGCUUCAUUACUAUGGAAACUGUGAUAUGUAACAAUAUUAUAAAUUAUAUAUUGUGUUAAUAUUUUGUAUAUAAUGUACGUACAUCUUAAGUUACAACUGUGUAUGGCAUUGGAUAAAUAUUUGUAUGUUAUAAUGUAUUGGAAGUGUAAGAUUUGGUAUCACCUGUUAUGGCUGUCAGUGAAAAUGAAUAUCAGAAAUUUUCUCUCCAUAUUGGAAACAUCUGAGGUGCAUGUUGCAUUGUACAAAAUGUGCUUGAUUGUAAACCGAGGCAUUUGGGCAUUUUUGUGGCUUUGUAAAAAUAUCACAGCUGAUGAUGUUUCAGUGAUCAUUGUCUGAAUUGAACGAAGUUUGAUUUGAGGUUCUUAUGGCAUUGAGCACAAAAAUGACUGAUUGUCUUUUCAGUUGUAGCACUGUGUAGUCUGGUAGAAGUUUUGAGGUACUUGCUGCCUCCAUCCUCAGUGCCAUGAUGGUAGAGGCAGCAAGGACCUUUAUCAGACUACGUGGUGCAACAACCCAGAAAACAGCCAUCUCUGAACAAAGUUUGUUUCUGUCUUCCUACAGAGUUUCUCAGUUUCAGUGGAUUUUAAAACAAGGCAGACUAAUUGCUUCUGUUCCAAGAAUGAUCAGAUUUAUAUUAAAAGUGAUAAAAUGAAUUUGCCAAAUGUUGAUUAUCCUUUUAUGGUGCAGGUAAAAGUUUUGCCAUCAGUGGUAAAAAAUAUAAAUUGUAUUUGACAAAAGUUGACAUCAGCUGCACUAAUCAUUAAUCUCUGCAUGAAAAUAAACAUAAAUCAUGUGGAUUUAUUUGUAUAUAUAGGGUCUUGGGAGACUGACAUUAAAAGGGUUACCAUGACUAAAUGCUGAAUACAUAGUAUAUACUGCAGAUGUUACAGAUUCAUCUACUGCCUGGUUUGUCAAAUCAUGGAAGCUGUGGAAUGGUGGAUACAGAUUUAGUUCUGAUUGAUUAUCAUCAGUUGUGAAUUUACUGUGAAGCAUCAAGUUUACUGGACAUUGACAAAAAAAGGAGCAUGUUUUAUAUUUACAGACACAGAACUCUGAUAAAGACUGCAACAUAGGAAUCAGAGUGUAAGAUGUUGGUUAAAAUGAUGUUUUGAUAUAAAAUGGUAAGUAGUAAUACAGACUUCAAGAUAAUCUUACUAUAACCAAUAUAUUAGUCUUUAAUUUAUCCUAAAUUAAUGGGAGUUGGUAUAUAAUUAUAUUUUCAUACUUGUACUCUUUUUGCCCACUAAAGUUGUGUUAUUUUUUUGUGUGGCACAUGUGCUAAAGAUCUAAAAAAAUUACAAACAAUAUGGAAAAAUAAGACAGGCUUCACAAUUACCCCAAGCAUGAUGAGAAAGGGAAUUAAUCUUUGUUUUGAUUUCCAAAUCUGAUUCUAAGUCCAUUAUCAUGAGUCAGAGUUCUUAGAGAUAAGGAUUAAUGGAAACAUUAUACAAGAUCAUUUUAUGAGGAAGUGUGAGUGUUCUGUCUUUUAAUAAUAAAAUUGGGAAGUAUUUGUAUGUAAUGCUGUGUAGUCUUAUAGAGGGUUAUCAACAUUGUGGGGAAUGUAUCACCGCCAUAUUAAAUACCCAGUGCCUUGCAUCAUA